AUGUCUGGGUAUGUAGGUCUCAGCUGGUAUAGGGCUCCUGAAAUUAUCCUAAACAUUGGAGAUUAUGACGGUAAAGUAGAUGUGUGGUCGGUCGGUUGUAUACUGUAUAAACUGGCGACAGGAAACGACCACAUUAAUCAGUUAACGGUGAUUAUGGAUGUCCUUGGAACUCCAGGGAAGGCGUUAAUUAAGAAAUGCAGUCCUAGAGCCCAGAGAUUCCUAAGUAGUUUACCGUUAAAAGAAAGGCGUGAUCUCUCUGAAUAUCUACAGCCUUCCAAUACCAGUGUCGGGUUUGUUGAAUUCUGGUGAUGGACUUGAGUGAGCGGAUAUCUGCCCCGGGAAGGGACUCCCAUAUGAAAGGGGCGGGGAUGCUCGUCAGAAAUUUUGAAUUAUACCCCUAAAGGAGACCAAUCUGGGCGUGGUCCAACCUUUUUUUGACCCCUAAAAGCGAUCAUUUUAAACUUUGAUUACAUCAAUCAAGUAAAUAAAACGAAUUGAAGAUAUAUAAUUUUUCAAUAUUUCUUUGAGUGUAACCCCAAAAGAGACCUUUACGGCUAAAUAUAAUGGUGUUUUGCCCAGAACAGCCUAAGCGAGACCAAAAUCUGAAAUUUACACCCCUAAGCGAGA